AUGGAUGAGUGCAAGGCCACAGCAAGUCCGGUCGAUUUGAGCACUCGGCUUGUCGCAAGCACCGAAGCGGCCAAGAUCGACGUUCCGUUUCGUGAAGCUGUGGGAGCUUUGAUGCACUUGACGACUGCGACGCGCCCGGACAUUGCGUAUGCUGUGGGGUACGUCUCGCGCUUCAUGGAGAAUCCGCAGCAAGAACAUUGGACGGCGGUGAAGCGCAUCUUUCGUUACUUGCAAGGGACCAAGUCGCACGGACUCCGCUUCCAGCCAAGCGACAAGAUCGACUUUCGUGGCUACUCGGACGCGGACUGGGCCGGCGACCACACUGAUCGCAAGUCGACUUCGGGUUACACUUUCAUGCUGAUGGGUGCUCCUGUGAGUUGGGGAAGCAAGAAGCAGUCAAGUGUGUCGCUGUCGACGAGUGAAGCGGAAUACAUCGCACUGAGUCUGGCCAUCCAGGAAGGCAAGUGGGUGCAUCGCCUGCUAUGCGAGAUUUUGGCGGCCGCAAACGAACCAGGACCGGACCUCGUCAUCCGUGAAAACAACCAGUCGUGCAUCAAGAUGACGAAGAAUCCGGUGAAUCAUGGCCGCGCCAAGCACAUCGACAUCAAGUACCAUCACAUCCGUGAUGAGGUCAAGCGCGGUGAAGUGCAGCUCGAGUAUUGCGAGACUUCCGUGAUGAUGGCGGACAUCAUGACCAAUGGACUUUCGGAACCUCGCCACAAGGACUUGACGACGGCUCUCGGCAUUCGUGCGAGUUCGGAUUGA